AUGGUAUCUAGAAAAAAUAUUGACGAAAGGAAUAACUCUUUUGUAAAUAAUUCGGUAUUUGAGGAGGGAGAAGUUUGGCAUAUAAGCCACUCUCAAGAAUAUAAACAAAAUGAUGAAGAAAUUAUAGAUGAUGGUAGAUAUGAGGUUUCAUUAUUUGAUAUUGAAGGUCAUCACAAAUCUAAGGGAUCACAACACUCGAAGUUUGGCCAAGAUAUUGAACUAGAAGUUCAGCAGGACAAGGAAAGUGAUGAAGCUACUGAAGAUGAUGAAGAGUUAUCUGAUGAAAAAAUAAAUUUGAACUUAUAUAGGCAAAGUGUAAUUGAAGAUUACAGCAGUUUAAGGCAACGCGCAAAUAUUAAUUUAGAUCCAAUGAAAGUUUUGAGAGUUUGGGAAACAGCCUUCUUUAUACAUUCAAACGAAAAUCUUGAAUUAAUUCCACAGAACUUUUUCUAUGUAAUUGAAUUCAGUCAUAUUAAUCCAGAAAGAAAUACUAUUGGUUCACUGAAACGUGUUAAAGUAUAUACAGCUGCAAAUUCAUUAGCAUCAGGUCAAAUGAAACAGUUAAAUGUUCCCAUUGUAAUAUGGCCAAAAAAAAUAUUAUAUAUUUCCUACUCUGACUUAGAGAUGUAUCAAAUAACUAUACAAAUGUGGACAAUAAGUAGAUUUACAUUUAAUCAACUUUAUGCGUCCGUUACCUUAACACUAAAGGAAGUACUGGAUAAUGAACCUGAAACUUCAUUACUCUUUAAAAAGUAUCUACCUAAACCACUAGGUAAGGAUAGUAAUCCAAGGAAAGAUCUUCCACAAAAAAGUUUUGAAGUUCAUAGGACAAGAAUUACAUUGCAGUUACAAGAAGUAUUUGAUUAUGAUAUUUCCCUCUCUAAUUGGAGUUUUUUGUCAAAUGGGAAAUUACCAUUAGAAAUAAAGCGAGCACCGAAGUUACUACGUUUUAGAGUCCCAUUAUCUAAUAAUAUAUCACGAAAUAAAAUUAAAAAAGGCAUAUUUACAACACCAAUAACAGUGGCCGGAUAUUGGGAUAGUCCUUGCAGAUUCGUAUUCACUGGGACAAACAUGCAGUUACAGAACUCAUAUAUAAUUGUAGAGGUAGUUGCAUAUUUAAGAUUUGGACCUACAACCAUUGGAUCAGCAAUAAUAUCUUUGAAAUCAGUAGAAAGUUAUCCUCUUGCACGUGUAACAGUUAAGCGAGUAACAGUUGAUAUAUAUAAAAUAAUAGUAGGAGAACUUAUCGGAAAUAUCUUCUGCAAUGUUAGAAGUACUGGUCAUCCUUUGGAGAAUAUUAGAAAUAGACCUACACAAAUAGCUGCAGGUGCGGCACUAAUUUCUCAGCUUAAUUUAAAAGAGCAAUUUUUAGUCGUAAGACUAUUUAAGUGUGAUAACCUUCCUAUAGCAGAUAAUAUAACAGGUACAUCAGAUCCCAUUGUCAAGGUAAGAUGGGAUGGUAUGACUAAUGUUUCAUCAGUGCGUGAAAAAACAAGAAGACCAGUAUAUAACCAAAAUUUAUAUUUUCCCGUUAGAAUUUUAGAUAAAAGAGAAUUGUUAGUUCCAUCAUUUAGAAGGAAGUGCUUACCAGUAGAUAUAUUAAGCAAGGGUCCAAUAAUACUUGAAGUGUGGAAUAGGGAUGAUGCAUCUUCCAUGUUUCUGGGUUCUUCUCAAAUAGACUUGAAUAAGUUAUAUACAAUAGGACGCGAAAAUACUAGGUGUUUAGCAGAAGGUUUAAUAGAUAUAAAUACUUCGAGGAGGUCUGAUGGAAGACCUAAUUUUGAAGGUGAAAAAGAUCAAGAUACAGAAAAUGAAUUAUAUAAUAAUUCAUCAUACACACUGCCUUUUAAGACUCUAGUUGUGAAUACUAAGUUGCCUUUACAAGUGGAUAUUACUACACAAAAAUAUUUAACUCCUACAAUACAUUUUGAAUUUUUCUUCAUUCCCCCAAUGCCCCCCGAUGUAAUAAUUCCUCCUCCCCCUCCAACUAAGGCUAUAAGCAACAUAUGGAAACAACUAGCGAAUAGAUGGAAUCGUGAUUUUCACAGAUGGAAAAAUAUAUAUAAACAAUGGUUUUCUUCUGCGCCUAAGAAUAGAAAUUUUAAUGUUGUAGAACCUCAUCCAACAACAAAUGAAGUAGUACCAUUAUGUGCAUUCAUAUCACCUAUUGCAGUACCCACACAAAUAGCUAAUGAAGGCAGUUUGCUACAUUGGAUCAGUAAUUUUCUAUAUAUAACAACUCCACAACAGCUGAAAUCACCUGGGAGGUCACCUAAAUGGCAUUCACCAAAUUUAUUUCUUGUUUCCAAGAAGGGGGGAAUUGGUGAUCAUGCUUUAUUACUUUGCAGUUGUCUAUUAGGGAUGGGAUACGAUGCUUAUGUAUGCAGGGGUACUAUUGAAAACGGGACUAUAGAACACGUAUGGGUCAUGUCACGUCAUAAAAAUGGUCAUGUACAGUUCUGGGAAGUUACAACUAAACAACGAUAUGUCUUGCCUAGAAGAUACGGAAUGCAAAAUUUUAAUCCUAUAUACAAUCCUCUUAAUGAAAAACCUGAAGUAAUUCCUUCAAUAAACAAUGAUGAUAACGAUGUUGAAGAACCUGAUGAUCUUGAGAGAGUGAAACUAUUCGAAAAAGAGAGAGAAUACUAUAAUGGUAUAUACUUGCAACAGUGGUUUGAAUUGCUAAAACAAACUGGAGAGAUUAAAUAUUCCGAAGAUCAUAGUGAGGAAAAUACAGGAAUUAAUGUUUGGGGCGAUUUUUUUGUUCCAGAUAUAUCUAUAAAUCCAGAGAUAAUUGAUAGUUUAAAUCCGAUAGAAAAGAAUAAUACUGAUAUUGGAGAAAGAAGAUCAGAUAAGGUUAAAUUUGACUAUACUAGUUUGAAGUCUGUAAGGAAAGUUAUGUCUAAAUAUAUUGAAAAUAUACCUAUUGUUCCUAUGGAAUGUUAUUUGACUCCUGAAUUAAUUUCAUAUGUCCCAUACAGUAGUAUUGAGAUCAUUUUUAACCAUAGACAAGUAUGGGGUAACCUUGGUAAUCACCAUCCAGCUCUAAUAUCAUAUGAUUUGAAUAAUGGUUAUAGGUGGAGAGCUUUUUGUGGUUCUAAACCAGACACAAUAUUUUCAAAUUUGAUCAUUGAACCUCCUCUUCAGGGUAGAGCAAUCCAGAAAUUAGAAGAACGCAUUAAUGAGGUACUAGAAGAAAGCAUCUCAUUAAAUAGAUCACGUCUGGGUUUAGACACACUAUACGACCGAAGCGAUGAAAUUAAGAGUCGAAUUGACACGUACCUAACGUUACUUGAAUUUAAGCUAAAUAUUGAUUUACUUUAUGAUCCUGGGCCACCAUGUGGUCAUACUGCCUGGUCAGCCAUGGAAAUAGAUGAAGGUGAUGAAGUCUACAAAGAGACAAACCAAACUAGUGCACCUAAAAAGAAGAAUAGUGAAGAAGAUAUCGUUUCAUUUCAAAUUCAUUCUAAUGACUACUCUCAAAGUAUAAAUCAAGAUCCACAAAUGAAAUAUAUAAAUACAAGUUUUUAUGGCUCUCAGAAAUCAGAAAUUAGCACUGAGUCUGCUUCACUUCCAAAAUUUUAUACAAGUAUUGUAAUUAGUACUAGUAAUAAGAAUCAGAGCAAACAAAAAGAAAAUAUUAAUAUGAGGAAUUUUGCAACAGAUUUUCCUUCACUUGAUUAUGACUCAAAUCCUCAAAUUCCAAACCCUUACAAAGUAGAUGAUUCAGUAAAAGCAAUAAAAAACACAAACUCUCAAAGUGUACCUCCAUCAGAUUCAAUGCAGGAUAGUGAACACUCUACUUUAAAUAACCCAGAAUUUACUGAAGCUUAUGAGCAUCCAUCAUUGAAUGAAACAGAAAAUAUUUUUAAUAAUAAAUUUAACCAAACCUCAGACAAUCUAGGACAGUUAGAUUUAAUAAAUCUUCCUCCUAUUAAUGAUGAAAUUGUACCAAAAAUAAUUGACACUACAGAUUCCAAUUUUGAUAAUCUAAAAUUUACAAUGGGCAAAAUUCAACGAAAUCCCAUAGAAAAAAGAAGCAGCUCAGUACUUAGAUCAGAGUCUGAUAAUACAUAUGAUAAUAUCAAUACUCUGUAUUGGAAUACUGUUACAGAAGAUGUGAAGUUAGAAGAAGCAAAGAACAAGUCGGAUUUACCCAGUGAAGGUGUAAAUUUAGCUGCUUUAGGGAUGAAAAGUAAGAUCACCGAGUGGAAAACCUUUAAAAAUACUUGUGAAGCUUCUGUGCCUAAUAUAAUUAAAAAAAAUAAAACUCAAAUUGGUGAAGAUGAAAACAUAGAACCUCCACCUUGGAGAAAGUUAUCAAGACCUCUGAAAUAUGAAGUUGAUCAAAGAGCUAGAUGGAACUGGUACUAUAGAAUGGAACAACUUUACUAUGAUUGGCAAGCAUGUGACUUCCCUGCUUUACCAAAAAGCACAUUUACAGGAUUCCCAGUCCACUUUUCUACGGCCGAUCCCAACGAUAUCCGCCCCUUUAUUGUGGGAGCGCGUCGAUUUAAAAAAUUCAUAGAAUUACCUCAAGAUGAGGCACACUUUUUUGUUCAUACCAAGAUCUUCCCUUUGGUAGGCGGAGUAAUGUCGACAUGGAUAUUUUUAGGUGUUCAUUUGCCAUGGGUUACAAUGAAUGAAAUAGAAAGUAGAAUGAAGAGAACGAAAAAAAAGAAUUACUUUAAACUAAUAUAG